GCGUCAGCGGUUGUUCUCUCGAAGCCUUUUGAAAAACAAAAUGGCGGAGAUCUAUAGGUGUGCGGUGGGACCACAGUUAUAUCGGAUUUUUACGAAAAAUAGUCGACAAGUAAGUGUUGAGUGGACACUUUUUUACAUCGAAAAUAGUAUUCAACCUUUUGGUUUUCGUGAUUCGCUAGCUUAUGUUUACUGAAACAAAGCUAGCUAUCACCUGUCUUGCAGAUUUAGAUUCUGAAGUCGUGGGUUUUAAUUAGUUUCGUUUUUUAGCUACGAAUAUUCCUUCUUAUUUGUGGUGUUUUAAUUUUACAUGGCUUGAAAUAUUUCAGAGUAGACCAUACGAGGGGAAUACCUUGGAGCAAUGUGGCUCAGGAGUUUUACGAGCGGUAAGGGAAUAAAAAGCCUACUUCAAGAUUUGAUUCUAGCCAAGCUUGAGCUCUAAAGAAUACUUUGCCAAAUAGUUAUUUUCGCACAAAACCGAGCGUUGUAGGAUUUUUUACGACGCCAAUUGUUUUGACUUUUACAGCAGAUCAGCUUAAGGUUGGGAAGGAGAUGAAUAUUUUGCAUGAAAGCUUGACAAUCUUAAAUCUCUGAGGAGUAGAAUAGUAUUUCUUUCUUUUUCUCGGAAAUUGGUUCCGACUGAUAUUUUUUUGUAUCCCCUCUUUAGCACAUUAAAGAGGUUAUGUAACAUUUUGUGAACUUCUUUUGUAGUUGUCAUUAGCAUGGUCAGUUUGUUACUCUACUUCCUUGUUAACUGCACCCGCCAUAGGAUUUUAUCUCGUUAGGAAAGGUCUGUACCACUUCUUGAAGUUUUUCUUGCUAGUCAAUAAACACAGUUAUUGAUAAGGUAUAAAUAUUUUAUACUGGGAUGGCUUCAUGUAGCUCUGCAAACAGCAGGGUGUAACAAAUCAUGUUUUCUUAUUGGCUAUGCAAGCAACAUACCAAGGAGGUUAAAAUUAGUUAACCCUUGAACUUCCAGAGAGCUAAAACGUAACUUUUUCCAAUAAUAUCCAUAUAGCAUCCAGCAAUCAGGUAAUAAGAAUUAAGGGGUAAGUUUCUGAAUAAAUGGUGUUGGUGGAAGAGUAUAACAGGGUAAACACUCUGACAAAGGGCUUAUGCUUGAAAUGUCAGCUUUGUAACUCUUUAUGGCAGCCAAUUUAUGUUAUCACCUCAGUUUAUAAUACCAAAUUAUCAGAAUACUGAAGCUUAUCAGUUAGAAGUUGUUAUCUACAUCUUACACCUAUUUCUUGUAACUGAAUUACUUUGCAAGGAAGUGUGUAGCAGCUAGAGGGAAAAUUAACAAUCAGAUCUUGGGAAUUUAAGGGUUAAGAACGAUAAAGAACAUUUCAUUAGAAAGUUUGGGCUAAAUUUUUGCAAUUUUGUAAAUCAUGGUGUACUUACAGAAGUUAAGUUGGCUGCCAAUGGCUCUCUGGUUCUGAACAUAAGACCUUCAACCACUUUCAGCUCAGAUUUUGUUGAUAAGAUUUGUAUUGCUUCACUUGUGAUCACAUAUGUCUAUCCCAUUAAGUAGCUACUUAUAAAAAUGUAUAUAACUGAAACCCCUGUAAGGUUGUUUUUUUAUGACAAUGGAAAUAAAAAUAAUAUUACACUUGUAAACUUAUCAUAUCAUUAUUAAUGAUGAUACAGAGAUUUUAAGUUUGCACAUUUGUUUACAGUGAUCUUUUGACAAGGAAUUAAUUAUGUGAUGUUCUACCUUUGAUAUUAGGUCUGUUGAGUCAUGCAGGUUUGGCAAGCUUGUCUAGGUUCAUUGGUACAGGACUUAUGGUUGUGUUUGGAGCAUUGUGCAUAAGAGGUACAGUUGUAUAGUUGGGGAUUUGUGCUUAGUCCAUUGUGAACUUACAGUACUACCCUUGUGCUGUGCUGUGAGAAAUUAACUCAGUGUUUCUAAUCAUCAUUUUGGUAAACAAUCUUUUUGUGUUAAUAAUAACUUUAUUAGUGUGAUUUGAUUCCCAAAAACUGGGAUUGCUUAUCAUCACAUAAAAAUUAUUAACAACCUAACACUGGGCAUAAUAUUCUCACUGACAGGCUCCUCUCACACCCUAACAGACCCAACUUUUGUGAAAAACCUAUGCACUGCCAGCAUUUAUGUUUCUAGUAUAUCAAUAGUAACUCUUAUUUGGAAAUUUAUAAAUCAAAUGUUGAUUCUUAAUGAAUGAACUAUUAGUGACUCCUAAUUUUUAAGUGCAAAAUUUAUUGAGGGCUGAUUUUUUAUGUUAAUCUUCCUUAAACACUUCUCUUAAUUCUAUGCACUUAAAAAAAAAAUCCUUAAUUUAUUUUUUGUUAUUUUAUCUGCAGGAUAUGGACGAUUUAAAAAUCAGGACUAUAGAGUAUUCUUAGCUCUUUUAGAAGAAACAAGAAUGAAUAACAAUGAGGAAAACAAGGUGUUGUUGAUGUCCACAGACAUAGACUUGAUCAAUAUGUAUUCUACAACAGUUACCUGAAUGCUACCAAAAGUUGCUUUAUUCUUACUCUAGAUAGGUCCAAAUAUUUGGACUAUUAUGUGUUUGUCCAGCCUUCUAUUGACUCACUGUAAAGGUGAAGGAAAGUGUGGGGGAGUGGGGUGGGGAGGGGUAAAGUCAGCUUAUCCUGAUUUAAAUGGCAUAAAGUGAGGGGAUACAGUUUCUUCCCAGUAUUUUGCCACUGUUAGGUGUAUGCUUCUCUGGUACACAUUUACCCUGCUUGGGGAGGAGUGGAAUUAUAAAAGAGUGUAGUGUCUUGCCCAAGAACACAACACAAUGACCUAACCUGUACUUGAACCUGGAACUUUUGAUCCAGAGUCCAGCAACCCAACCUGAGGCUUACUAUGUCUCUCCAUGUAUGACUGACAUUCAUGUUAAUUUGCAAUUGAAUGUUACAGAAAAGACUUGGGUUGUAUGACUUCAGUUUUGAAGCUUGGCCUGUUGAUUACAAAUGGAAUGAAUCCAAAGCUGAGUAAGUCAUUCAAGCUGAAUUUUUCUCUCUCUUGAAGAUGACAAACGACAUCCAUGUUCAUAUUUACUGUAUUUACACAAUUGAACUUACAUUUAUUUGAACAUAUACCCUUAAUUAAGGAAGUUAUAAAUAAUAUUGAAGACAUUGCAUCAUGAAGUCACAUCAUGCAGCAUAUUAGAAGUGAAUCAUUGCUGCAUGUGUGUGGUUUUAAACUUUUGCUCACAACUAAAUUAAUGUUUUACAAAAAGACAUAUAUUUUAUGUGAACAACAAUUCUACAAAGCCAUUUUUCUUGAGCUAGGUAUCAUUAAUUUCACAUGUAUUUGUUUUUUGCUACUGGUUGUAUUUGUAUAAUCAUGUAUUUAUUGCUGUCCUUGGAAAAUUAUUUUUGAUAAUAGCCAAGAUGUGCGCAGGGAAGCCAAGAAUACCACCUCUCAAAGCAGGUCUUCAAGAUUUUUGUCCUUUCUUGGAUCAUGGCCUUGUGACUUUCUCAGGUAAUAAUCAUUUGCACUUUCUAAAUCUAAUUUCUAGAUGUUUAGCAGCAUCCAGUUGAAUGAUAAGUUAAAUUUGAGUGUAAGAUCCAACUCAAAUCAAUUUAUCCUAUAUUUGGGAAAAAUCUUGUGGUGACACCUGACCCAGUUUUCACAGAGUAUUUAGUAUUUGCAUUACUAUCUUCACUCACUAAUUCCUUAGAAACCAAUUAAAAGCAGGAAGGAAUUCUAGGGAAGGUCUUGGUUCUUAUUCUUACACAAAAUUUGGUGAUUUGGUGUAAUUACUUAACAAAGGAUAAUUGAGAAAUUUAAUUGUAAUAAGGUUUAGGAUUGCUUUGAAGACCAAGCUAUUGUCUAGCCAACUCAUCAUAUUUCUUGCAAUCUGUUCUUUUAUUGCCACUGCCAUCAUGAUUUGCAAAGUCCCACUUUGUUCCUUUAGUUGGCAAUGCUUUGUACAUAUUGAUUAACAUUUUUCAGGUAUUUUGUGGCACACUCAGUUGGUCGCCCCUUGAUCUACCCUGGAUCCACUGGUCUUCUUCAAAGUGGAUAUGGUACAGCUUUAAAUGCUUUUUACUGGCUCUUAAAAAUUUUCUUGACUGAAGAACAAUAAAUAACAACUCUUUUAAUACUGAUUACCCGCCAACUUAUGGGGAUGAAGUGAAAUUCUUGCGACUUUUAAAUUGAUAGUUGUUUGUCAUGUGCAUGAGAAAUAAAUCAUGUAAAAGGUUUUAUAUGCAGAAAGUUCUGAAAUGAAAAGUAGAUUAAAACUAUAGAGAUGACCAUCAUGUUGGAAGUUGCCCUGAAGACAAACCUGUGCCUGUAUAAUGCUGAUAUUCAUACAAGCAGUAAAUGAGUUUUAAAUUUCCUUGAUUCCUUUUUGCUUUUCAGCUGAACCUUUGAUGACUGGGAGGCAGUUUUUGAUUGAACGUGUAAGUAAGAAUAUGAGUCGUAGAUUUCCUUUAAUAAUUUUUUGGAUAGUCAUUUAAAUAUUUAUUUAUAUAAUUCACUUCCAUCUAAUGCCAUGUGCAAUCAUGUUAUUCUGUCAACACUUAAAUUUAAACUGGUUGUUAAGUGAGAGUGGGGCAAUAGUCCUUUAGUAGAACUUGGAAACCGUGACGCCAGUCAGAUGCUCUGCCACAGAACUAAUGGAAACCCUUAGGAGUAGCAGGAGAAGAAGAAACAGACCUUCAGAUCAGUAACCAGAGAAGGAAAAAUGUGGUACAGAGAGGUACAAGGGAGGACCCUUUUUUUCACAAAGAUUUUAUUGCAGUUUUUAUUUACUGUAAUAUUUACACAGUCGGACAAAUUCACUUAUAGAGUGGCAAGAGAGCAAAACUGGAAGCAGCAGAUGGAAAUGAGAUUGAUACCAUGUUCAUGGACAAGAGAUCAAGUGGGGAACAUGGAGUUCAUGGGGAUACUUUGGUAUGAGAAUGAUUCUUGUUUGAAGCUUGGUCCGUUCUAAUAUGUACUGAUAAUGGGAGAGGGAGUGUGCAAAAAAUGAUGCCAGUGUGUUGUCAAUGUCAAGUUGUUCCAAUUUACACUUGUAAACAUGGCUAUGUAAUUAGUCACUUAAGACAUUUUGAAUAUGAGGCUGUUGCAUCCAAUGAAGCUUUUCAAGUACAUGGAGAUGCUUGGUCUGCUCUCUACUCUUUAAGUAAUUGUUCAAAAGUACUCAGGACUUAUGGUGGUUUUCCUUUGCUACUCUUUGAUAGGGUUAAUAAUUUUUGUUCUACCAUUCAAUCCAAUUGUUAGAAAACCUAACCCAAUCAUGACUUGUCUCUGCAUUUCCCUGUACUGUAAUUUCUCAGAACAAAAGGUCAUCAUGAAGGGUUUGUUUCAAUCACCUCGGUUGGAAUGGCUGAUGAAUGUCAGGCAUGAUCUAUAUUUGCUAUGUGCCCUUUGACUAAACAAUAAUUUGCAAAGAGUAGCAAUGUAUGCAAAGCAAGUGAUCUUACUAAGAACACUUGUAAUCAGUGUAAUAAUUAGUAAGAUUAGGCUUCAGUUUGGUGUUAUUUUGUCCCAACAGGUUAUAACAUGCGAAGGGAAUGCAGGCUUUUAUGAAGUUGGUCUGAUGAUGACUCCUUAUAAAGGUUGAUAAUUGAUAUGAAACUAAUUUGGAGAUACGUUUCUUAGUUAGGGUUAUUAAAGAAUUACACCAAAGCUAUAACACAUACUAGGUUAACAAUGCUGCAAGUAUGGCUGAUAAUUACGUAAUGGCCUUUUAGUUUAUGUUAAGAAUUAUUCCAUUCAGCUAAGCAGUUACUAUCUGUUGUAUUUGUAGCUGGAUAUUCAGUUUUAGGAUGGAAUCAUCCUGGUUUUUCUGGGAGCAGUGUAAGUAAAAUAGUUGGAUUGUCUUCAGGUUAUUGUUAAACUGUGACUGAUUAGUUUACAUACCAUUUACUACAAGAAGGAAGGUGUAGCUUGUUCACCUAGCUAGUCAUGAUUCAAUGUUGGGAUCAUUGGAUUUAAUUAUUGCUACCAUAAUCACUAUAUUUUGUUUUUCAACUUUCCCUUAUGUAUCCAGUGACUUUUAAAUAAAUAUAGGCCAUUUAGCCAGGAGACACCUGUUUGAACUCAAACUGUCAUCUCUUUUACCUUCAUGUGGGGUUCCUUACCUAAUAGCAUUAUUCAAAGAAUAUCAAUUACCAACAGUGCAAUGAAUGGCAAAAGUAGCUGUGAUAGUUGGUUUAAACAAGAAUUUUUUUCUAUUUUUCCAAGUGCUGUGAAGUGAAAAUUGUGAAAAAAUUGAAAAAAGUGAAAAUGAACAUUUCUCUUUCCUCUGUUUGUAAACAUACAAAUAAAAUUCAGAGAUAUAAAGCUCAACAUUUUCAGUUGGUUGUCAAUGGGGGGGGGGAGGUAUGGUUGUUGGUGAGAUACUAGGGGGGAUGAAGGGGAACUUUGGUUACAAUGAAAUAUCAGAGUCUCCUAUUUUUUGUCCCUCAUUGUUAAUCAACCUCUUAAUGACAAAUUGUAUGAUUGGUAUAACUACAAAUCGUGGCAUAGGAAACUAAAUUAAAUCGCUGAUAUCUUGUAAUUAUUGCUACAGGGUGUGCCAGGUCCAGAAUCUGAGAGAAAUGCUAUAGAUGUUGUGAUACAAUAUGCUGUGGAAGUGCUAGGCUUCUCAGUUUCUAACAUUGUUAUAUAUGCAUGGUCAAUAGGUGAGUGAUCACAUCACGUUUUUGUGCUUGUUGUAUUCAGAUCAACUGAGUUAAGUUCUCACAAAUACAUAGUUAUCACCUUGAGACUGAUAAUAUCAUGUUCAAAUGCCACUCAAGACAAAACAAAACACUACUUUUGAUGAUAUGGCUAACUAUUUAAUUAUUUAGUAACAACUGUUGUUGUCUCUUUUUUUCUGGGAAUCAGCCUACUUUGCAUAUGUUUUGUGAAGGAGUUCAAAUAAGUGUUAAAAACUUGCAAUAUUUUGUCAAGCAGCAAUAAUUAUUUUGCAUAAUUGGGAUGGAAGGGCAUGGAUCCUCUCCCCUUUUGACCACACCCUUUGGUACAAAUUUAUUUCUUUCUUUAACCCUUCCCUGCUUUGAGAAGCAGAUAUGGUAGCCAGACAUUAUACCUUAAAGUACUGAGUGUUCAGGUACUGAUAUACACUUGUAAUGCAAGCUACUGAGAAAAUACAAAGGUUACAUUAUUCCUGGACUUUUUAGUUUGCAGGUUUGUACAUCAUUUGACUUCAAAUUGUAUCUUUGUGAAUUUUUAGGAGGUUAUCCAGCAGUAUGGGCAGGAAAAACUCAUCCUAAGAUUGGUGCUUUGGUAGGUUAUAGAAUAAACACAAACACAAGUAGCUCUUUGACAAUGGUUGCCAAAUUGAUGGAGAUUUAUAAUGCUUAUAAUUGGUCAUAUUAAUUGCAGAUUCUCAUCAGUGAAAUAAAGCAGUGGUGUUGCCAAUCUUUUCUUUAUCCCUCAGGUUUUAGAUGCAACAUUUGAUGACAUUGUUCCACUUGCUCAGUGCAAGAUGCCUGAAAGCAUAAGUAUGUCUUCUACAUAUUAAGUUGUAUUACCCAUGGUUUCCUAGUAUUUGUUGUGCUCGACCUAAGAUCAAAAGACCUGGGUCCAAGCCCUGACACUGAAAUUUUUUUUACAUCCACUCUCGACUAAGGAGAAUGGAUACUAGCAAAUUUUCAAGGGGAACUAAACAAGUUGCUGGGAGAUAAUGCUGCAAUGGAGUGACAUCCUAUUCAAGGGGAAUAGCAAAAUUAAACAAUUAUUCACUGAAGUGGAGGUGAAUAAUUGUUUUAGUAUAUGCCACACAAAUUAAAAAAAAAAUUAGUUAUUUCUUUCUAUAUACCGUAAAAGGGUUGGAAUUUAACACUUGACCAAUGAUUUUGUCUCGUCGGUGCUCGAAGAUGAAUAGUAGGUGCUAUUCACUUCCCAACUGACAAUCAGGGCGUGGGGGAAAGCACCGACUCUUUACUGUUCAUCUGCCUGUUCAUUACCUCAUAGAAACUGGGAUAAGCUCCGGUAGAAUGAGCUUCUUAUCCUUUAAAGGCUGAUCAUUUAUUUUGAACGUUGUAAGGAGCUAGAAAUUGUACUUGUAGAGGAUGUCGCACUGCACAAAAAAUUCACCUAAGCAUGCCAAACGUCAUACUUUCUCAAUUGCUAUAGAAUAUUGAAAAUACAUGCGAAGUGAUUCUCGUUAGCUUUCACAAGACGCACAGUGAGUCUAUGACCUUGUGCACAGGAUGCAGACUCAAGGCUACUUAUCAAUCAUGAUAUUUGGCCAUCUAAGUCUCCGUACAAGUCACCUGCAGUAGUUGCAGGUUUUUCUUUCUGCGAAUCUGUAUAUUUGCAUUAUUGACUGGUUGACAACCUUUGGCAUGCAUCUCUGAAACUUCGCUAUCUUCAUUAAUCUAACAGGUGGUUUUACGACAAGGGUUGUAAAGGAAUAUUUUCAUCUUGACAUUGCUCGUAUGUUAUACAGGUAUUUAGUUAAUUAGAAGUACUAAGCGAUAACUCACAAAUUCCUUUAGAGUUGUCCUAUUUGCUGUGACUUAGUUUCAAUGAAUUAUUAGAAGUAUUUUCGUUAACUAGACGUUUUUUCUAGCUGCAAAAUGUAAAUUUUACUUUUUCUAUGGUGACGUGCUGCAUGUCAAGUGUUGCGCAAUAAGAUUGCAAACUGGAAGGAAAAGCUAUGUCACUAACAAGAGAAACAGCAUGGACUUCUUCCCAACUGUUUGUGUUGUGAAUCAGUAAACAGUUCAUUGAGAAACACGUUUGGUGAUGACCUGUCAAUGCUCCUUGUAUAUCUAAACUUAUUUUUACACCUACCAGUCAUAUCGACUGAUUGUGUGUUCUUUGAGUAUUGCAAAAUAAACUCAAGUAUUCCAAAAUAUUUUCAUAACAAAGAUGCCAUCUCGGGGGCAUCUGCAAAAUUUCCUUUCGAAAAAAAUUGUAAAUUGCAUAGGGAAGUCUGGCCAAAGUCUCCCCCCCCCCUUCUCCCUUCCAAAGUGUUGUUAGGCGCCGUGAGCCGUAGAAAUCUUUCAUUAUUAUCUCGCAAGAAGCCAAUGAGAAAUCAGUGUCAAUACAUGAAACCGGCCUGUAACGCGGCAAAACGCGAGUGACUAAGUCGCGGUUGGGCUUAGUCCUAUCAUCUGAUUGGCUCUGAGGAGGCUUAAGGUUACCUUCAUGUUGACCAAUCUCGUGGCGUUUUGAAGCAAAACCAAUGCAGUCACGGUGUACUUCUAACACUACUUUGGAAAUAACUUGUUACUUUACACGACUUUGUUUAGCUAUCCAGGCCCGGUGCUGUUUAUUAGAAGAAUGAGAGAUGAGAUCAUCACAACUGAGUAAGGCAUUUGAUUUUCAUGUUACUUCAUGUAUUGUUGUAGUUAAUUUAUCCCUAUUUAUGGCUUUCGCCAGUUGGCUGCCUGUCAGCCAGUACUCUUGUUUCGUCGCUGAUGAACUAAUUGCUGAGUUUGACAGCCACCAUUGAGAACAAAUGUUCGUCUUGUAGUUUGAAUCUUAUGUAAUGUUAAAUGUAAGAUGCGCGUAGUAACUCGAUUAAAGUUCAAAUUCGGUUGCCAUGAGGGAACAGCCAGAGGUUUUGACAGUAUUUAUUUAGAUUUACUUAAUGGUGAUGUCAGUGAUUGGUUGAAAACCUUAUGGAGCUGAAAAGCAUCCUGGGUACAUUUAUUCCCUUCAAGCACUUCAUAGCACCUAAUUAUUUCCCGGAGUGGUAAAUGAAUUCUGUGGAACGAACAGCCUAGUACUUUUGUGAUGAGUAGAUUGACUUAAGUCCAUAAUUACCUUGACUGUGUUACCUCCUAUACAGCUGUUCCCGGAAGAGGUGUUUUAAAAUAGCUAAAAACGCAAAUUAAUAAAGUUUUUACUAUGCUAGGAAGCUUUGGUUACUUUAAAACGCGACUGAGGUCGACUGCAUGAGUGCCUUUUCACAAAGAUUCUCUGAAAAGAUACAAAUUCUGUGAACUUCGAUCAUUCAACGGUAACAGGCAUUACAUGUGGAACCUUAAAUUAGACAAUGUAAUUUAGUAUUAUCAACUGAGUUGAUAACGUAAAUUGGCCACCGUAAAGAGUUUCAAAGCCAACGUACCGAGCGUUAACUUUUCGUCAGAGCGAAUCAUUUGCUCUGACGAAGGGGUAAGGCACAAAACGUCCGCUCAGUUGAGAAAUUUACGUUAUCAACUCAAUUGAUUAUACCAAAUUACCCUGUUAUAAUCUCCCAGUGACGCAGCACCACAGUUCUUUAGACACCUUUACUCGGAACAACUGGAAAAUGAAUCAAUAUCUGUACCACUACCUUACCCGACUGAAGUUAGAAAUCAAUAUCCAUGCCUGACAACUGACUACUUUUAUCUUUUUAAAAUUAAUUGGUAUCCUUGCGUGUGAGGAUCCAAAGAAAUUCUGGUAUGAAUGUAUUCCUUUUCCGAUCAGGGAAGGAGAUAUCAGCUCAAACCGUGGAAAUGAUCUCCUGGUGAAGUUUCUCAAAUUCAGGUAACAUUCUUAAACGUCGAAUCCGUGAUUGAAGAAUAAUUAUGUCAUUGCCAUUACGUCACUCAUUUUUGGAUCAGGAAAAAUAAGAGACGAUUAUGAGCAAUUGUUGUUGUUAUGUUGUACUCCUCCAUUAGAUAUCCAAAGUUAGUUGAUGACAGUGGUGAAGACGCAUUAUAUGAAUAUCUCGCCGCCCCUGAUCAAGCCACUAAGAGUAAGAUUCAUUUUUGCGUGUAUGACAAAUUAAAAUUCGUUUUUGAAUUUUUUUUAAGCUGCAGACGUAGAAAUCUCCUUGACUUUAUUUUAAACUUGUUUCCUCAUGUGAUGCUAGCUCGUGUUUUGUUUAAGAUGUCUUAUUUCGGUAGAUGAAGGUAAAUUCACUUUACAUUAUGUUGUAGAAGCUAUUUGGGAUAGCCUGAGUGUCGAGGCCAAUUUAUGCGAGUCAAUGUACAAGAAUUAUGUGAAAGAAAACGGAAAGGAAUAUCCCAUGAUGAUUGGUAAGCAAUUGUUUCGGUUUUUUGUUUUGUUUUGUUUUUUAUGAUUUUUUUUAUCACAUUUUAUUUUGUUAAUCAACACCAGGUCAAGAUCUGUCAGUGGAACAACGGAUUCAUCUACUGAUGUUUCUAGUAAGUGGAUUGAAAUUUGACAUCUUCUUAGUGAUCAAAGGUUGGCUCCUCACACUUUUACUUUAAUCCUUUAACUCCCAAGAUCUGAUUGUCAGUUCUCCCCUCUAGCUGCAACACAUUUCCUUGUAAAUUAGUUACAAGAAUUUGAUUUCAGAUCAAGAACAAAAAUUCGCCGUGAUAAGUUUGAGUAUUCUCAUUACCUGUUUGCUGGAUAUUGUAAGGAUAUUAUAACACGACGAAAACUAUGCGUGCCUCUGCCACAAAACGUAGCUUGUUAUUAAGUUGGGUUGAAUGGAUUUAUAUCUUUAUCUUCUAGGUUUUGCAGUAUUUGAUGGACUUUGAUGCCACACACUGUAUGAAUUUGCCAGCUUCAGAGUUUCGCCAACCCUGGAAUGAGUAGCGAUAUUCAUUUACGUUCUGCGGGAAAUCUUGACAACGCUGAAACGAUCUUUUUCAUUAGUGUAGACUGCUUGUGUAGGAUUUAUGAGGUAUAGAUAUCUAUGUGAGUCUGAUUAAUCCUCUAACCCGAGUAACGGUCUGUUCAUAGCUAGCAGGGUCAAGAGGUUCUUAUGAAAAGUAAAAGAAAAAGAUUAGCUUACUUGAUCUCAAUCCAUCUUUUUAUCCACAUGCUACGAAGGUGUACGGGUGAAUAAUUUAUGAUAUGAUGAAUUAACUAGAUUGUUGUUUUGCUACAAGAAAGAAACUUUUAGUACUUAAGCCAUCCACCCGAGCCUGUGACCAAUAAAUAACUUUUCCUUUCGAUAUUAACUCAUUGUUAGACAGUUAAGUACAAAAAAAGGAAACAAAAGUGUUAACUAUAAGAGACAAAAGUUUUAUUUAACAUCAAAUUCCCAUAAGUGAAAUUUUAAGAAAUAUAUGGCAAGUAGGGAGAAUUGUGUGGGAUCUUUAGAGCCAAUGAAUCAAGCCAUAAUGCAUUGUUGUUAUUAUUACCAGUUUUAAUUUGCGUUGUCUUUUGCCAUCUAUAUUGUGUUUCUUUGCUGCGUUUACUUGCGUAUUUGUUUUUUUUUUUCGACCUGGGCUGGGGAUGAACAUUACCUCCAUUCUGAGGUUCUUUGAAAUCAAGAGAUUAAGAAAAGUUUAUCAUCUCUUGGUUCAAUAUGUAAGCAUUUUAUAAAUCUUGGCCCAAACCCAAAUUUUCGUAUUCAUUUUUACAGCCGCGUUAAGUGGUUCAUGUGGUACUGUAUGCUGAGUAUGAUACCCACUGAUUAGACUGUACAGGAUAUUAAGAUCGAAAAUAAUCAGAACAAAGGUUUCAUUUACACUAUUGAAAGCCAAAUCUUAAACCAGUAAAUGAAAGAAAUGGCUUGACGCUGUUGUUUUGGUGGUAUCAACUACUUCUUUUAAGUUCAUUUCAAACGUGGCGCAAAGUUAGGGCUUUUUUCGAUGAAUUCCGUGAUAAAAUUUGUGUUCCUUCGCGAGAAAAAAAUUCCAUAUCGUUACUUCUAUUAAAUAUGAUGUGUAAUAGUUUAACUGACAGGAUAUCAGUUCAGAAAGACCCGGUUUUAGUUAGGUUUAUCGUAUCGUUAUUGUAAUUAUACUCCCGUGAUUUUAUGAGAAUAUCAUACUAUCUUAGGGUGACGUGUUAUUAAUUGUUGGUUCAUUGAGACGAAACUAUUUCAUGCAAGUUUUUAAAUGUAUUUAGUGUUAUUUGACGUAAGGUGGUUUUGAAUUAAUUUGUGGCAGAUAUGCAAAGUGUGAAAGCUUUCCGCGGUAGUAAUGGUUGUAAAAUGUGUGUUUAUUCACCGUGGUUGUAAUGAUAAACGAAUUCAAAGUAUAUUCGAUUGUUUCAUGAUUUAUAACCACUAACAUUUAGAUUCCAGCUGUUGAUUAAGGAUCGCGACGUGUCGAAUGCUCUCUUUUUAGUGUUCGUCAGGCGAUGAGGUUUGAAUGGUCACGCGUAUCUGGGGCGCUCUCAUUAGUGCAUUUCGAUCCUCAUUGCUAUUCCUACUACUAAAUAUUGUUUUUUUUUUAGGUUCGCUUGCUUAUGACUGGCUGUUGCGCAUUUUUUUUUAUUGUAUUUAUACCUCUUUGAAAGAGAAAAAUAGAGAGGUUAACUUAUCGAUCAUGCCAGUCUGAGGUCAACUUCGCUUAGGGUCUCCCCCAGAGGAGUUUGAGGGAAAGACAUAUUUGCUACAAUUUAAUGGAGAUCAAUUGAAAAGAAAAACAAAAAAUGUCUAAAGCCGUAUGGAUAAUUUAUAACAGAGAGAUAGACCCCGUAUGUGAUAAAAAGAUCGAGUUGCUGUUAAAUUAAGCAGGAUGAAAAUGAGCCUUAAUAGCUAAAAAUUUUAUAAAUAC